AUGCUAGGCAAUAAAUUAGCAAUCAGCAGCUUGUCAUUAGGCCAGCACCCUUCCCACCUCUUAGACCACAAAGUUGAGGUCGCUGCUUCUCAUGGUUUUGCGGGCAUUGAGAUCGUGUUCUCCGACAUUGAAGUCUACGCGCGAGAGAAGAGUCUUUCCUUAUCGGAGGCAGCAUCAGAGAUUCAAAAGAUAUGUGAAACGCACGGGAUCGAGGUUGUGUCCCUGGCUCCAUUUGAGAACUUCGAAGGGCACAACUCGCCUGUCGAGGAAAGGCUCCAACUUGCUGCGAAGUGGAUCGAUAUUGCGAAAAUACUGAAGGCAGCAUAUCUACAAGUGCCGGCUCAGUAUAGCAGUGACUGCACCGGGGAGGAGGCGGUGAUCGUAAUGGAGUUGCAACAGCUGGCGGAUCUUGCCCGUGCCCAACAGCCGAUUAUCGCUAUUGCCUAUGAGCCAAUGUCAUGGUCCACACAUUGCUCGACAUGGCAAAGUGCUCUACACAUUAUCCAACGUGUGGAUCGACCGAACUUUGGACUUUGUUUAGAUACCUUCCAUGAGCUCACGAGACUGUGGGCCAGUCCGUUCGAUCCAUCGGGUAAGCUGCCCAACGCGGACCAGAAUCUGCGAGAAUCACUAUGUGAUUUCCAAGAUCAUUGCCCUCUAGACAAGAUCUUCUAUGUGCAGCUCUCAGACGGGGAGCGGUUCGAUCCUCCCUUUUCAAUGUCCCACCCGUGGUAUCUCGAAGGCGAGGCGCCACAGUUUACUUGGUCACGCCACGCUCGACCAUUCCCCCUGGAGGCCGAGAUGGGUGGAUACAUGCCAAUACCAGAAGUCGCAAGGUCCUGGAUUGCAGAUAAAGGGUUCAAUGGCUGGGUGUCUUUGGAAAUCUUUGAUCGGAGAAUGCGGGAGCCUGCGUUUCAACCAGAGACCGCUGCACGGCGCGGCAGCUAUUCCUGGCGAAAGCUGCAGGAUGCGCUGUCGAUUACUAGUCAUAUUUAG